AUGUCAGACCCUUGCGCCAAAGGUGGAAUCCUUGCUGAGAAGCGUCCAAGAAUCACUUGGUUUGAGAGCCUGCAGAGUGCAAGCUCUGAGCUGCCAGCAUUGAAGAAAGGCACCAGUGGUGGCAUGACCCAGAAAUUGGAGGAGGCAACGCUUGCUUCAGCAGAGAAAAUUGCACAGGAGAUGCUAGAGAACCAGGCUGAAGGCCAUACCUCGUCAUCUGUGAACACCAUCUUGCAUACCUUGAAUCUCUUUCCCGAAAAGAGUGGGGUACUGCAGCUGGCCAAAAAAGUGGGUAAGCUGAAGGGGAAGGGUGCUGGCAGUCUGGCUUUGCCCGAGCUCAGAGCUCUGUUGAGCAAGUACCCUGAGAAACCACAGGAUCAUGAUGUGUCCAACAUUGACGAAUGCCUUGGGAAAUUCAAGGUUGAACACCUGCUAGAAGCACUGAAUAAGUGCAGAGACCAGCAAGUGCUUGAUGAGACCAAGCUCAAGGCACAACAAGCGCUUCACCUGCACUUCAAGUUGGUCAAGGAUGACUCGGACACAGCCAGAGAAAUCCAUGACAUCACCCUUUAUGUCAAGCAAGUGCAAGCGUUGGCAAAAGAGAUGUGGGCUGACUCUCCUCUUCACAAGUGGGCUCUUUCGCACAUUGACGCUGUGGCUUGUGGGGUUAGCUUCAAAAGCCUCUUGCGUGACUAUGUGGACCUUGGGCCAGAUGAGAGCACAAGGCAGCUGCGUGACAGCAAGUCAACCAGGUUGUCAGGUUUGGUCUCCAAUGCUUUGCAGGUUCACAGUUCGCUUGAGAAUUUGCAGAACGAGCUGGCCAAGGUUGCUUCUGGUGUGGAGGACCUUUGCAUCCCUGGCCAGGACAUUCGAGAUCAAUCCUCCUCACAGGCACUUGAGGAGCUGCUGCAGGAUCCAAUCUUUCAGACCACAUUGGAACGCCGUUACCAGAAGUUUGCAGAAGACAUCAGUGCAGCUGUGUCCCAAAUUCAGAAGUUGGGGCAGGGCUACCAUGAUCCCAAGAGUGAAAUGUCUUGGAAGAAGGAUUUGGCGAACGAUGCUAGCUUGAAGGAGAUCCUUGAGCAGGCAGCAAAGACCAUCAAGCAACUGGAUCCAAAGGCUAUUCGAGACGCACAGAAGGCAAUGGAUCAGGCAGUGAAGCAAGCAGUGCCAUUUUUCAACCGCUCCUCUGACCUUGCCAAGAAUGACGCGGGCCUCCGCUCUGUCAUCAAGCGGGCGUCCAUCAUCACCAUGGAUCUUGAGGUCAUGCUGAGUGAAGGCACCCUGACUGAGGCCAAGGGUGUGGAGACAAUGCUGUCUUUCUUGCGGCAUCUGCCACAAGCCCAUGUUGCGCCUGCUACAUCCGAAGCUGUAAAUGCAGCAGCGGCUGCCAUUUUUCAACGCGCAGCUGUGUGGUUGGAUGAAGUGGAUGAGGUGGACUUUGACCAGCUUCAACAUGUGUUACAUUUGGCUUUUUGGUUAGGUUCCGAAGAUGAGGAUGUGGCAUUGUCUGCGCUGGGAGCAAUUGAGAGAUUUACGCUUUACAGGAGCGAGAACGGAGCUACUCUCUUGCAAUCAGAUGUGCUCCAGGUGCUACAUCGGAUCAUUGGACACAACCGAGCACCGGAGUUAGUUUCAGAGGCGUUCACUCUAUUGUUUCGGCUUUGUGAUGCACCAGCACCAGCUGUCGUUCCCUUGGUGACAGAUGAAAGUGAUAUUGUGCGAACUGUGGUUGAAUCAAUGACACAGGCUCCGCUGAACAUGCGUUUGCAGCUCGCUGGUAUUCGCUUGUUGGCUCUUUGGUCACAGUUGGACCUUGGAGAGGACCCUGCCGUGUCUGAAUCGAAGGACUUGAAACAGUUUAUCAGGGAGGCAAAUGGUUUUGAAGUUUCCAGGGAGGUGAUCGCCAAUCUGAAGCGAGCUGGGCUGAGCCAUGCCGCUGGUUGGAUGUCAACAAUAUCUUGUCGUUUGCCGCAACAAGUCCGUGGAAGCAAAGACUCCAAAGAAGAGUAUCAAGGACGAUCAUUUUCACGGACGAGUGCCGGCUCUUCUCGUGCAAAAUCCAAAUAG